AAAAAAGUGUCUAAAAAGGGUUAGCGCACAACAAUUUUCUUCAACUCUGUUAAAAAAAAAUCCCAAUGGCGACAACGAGCGUGGUACCAGCGGGAAGAAGCGCAAGGAGAGCUGCGGCGGAGGAUGAUAAGUUGAUGUUCGAGACGACGGAGGGAAUCGAGCCCAUCGCCAGCUUCGACGAGAUGGGCAUUAAGAACGAUCUGCUCCGUGGAAUUUACGAGUACGGUUUCGAAAAGCCCUCAGCCAUACAGCAGAGAGCUGUUAUGCCGAUGAUAAAAGGCCGAGAUGUGAUAGCACAGGCUCAGUCCGGUACCGGAAAGACUUCUAUGAUUGCUCUCACUGUUUGUCAAACAGUUGAUACCGCUAGUAGAGAGGUGCAGGCAUUGAUAUUGUCACCAACAAGAGAACUGGCUUCGCAGACUGAGAAGGUGAUAUUGGCAAUUGGUAGUUACAUUAAUAUACAAGUACAUGCUUGCAUUGGAGGCAAAAGUGUUGGUGAUGAUAUCCGAAAACUAGAGCAUGGUGUUCAUGUUGUGUCGGGAACGCCUGGAAGAGUCUGUGAUAUGAUUAAGAGAAGAACAUUACGCACCAGGGCCAUUAGGUUACUUGUUCUUGAUGAGUCCGAUGAGAUGCUUAGCAGAGGUUUCAAGGAUCAAAUCUAUGAUGUGUAUAGAUAUCUUCCUCCCGAACUCCAGGUUGUCUUGAUUUCUGCUACCCUUCCUAAUGAAAUUUUGGAGAUGACAGGCAAAUUCAUGACAGAUCCUGUAAAGAUUCUUGUGAAACGUGAUGAAUUGACAUUGGAGGGCAUCAAGCAAUUUUUUGUAGCAGUUGAAAAGGAAGACUGGAAAUUUGAUACUCUGUGCGACCUUUAUGACACUCUUACCAUCACCCAAGCAGUUAUAUUCUGCAACACAAAGCGAAAGGUUGAUUGGCUAACUGAGAAGAUGCGUAGUAGUAAUUUUACAGUCUCAUCAAUGCACGGAGACAUGCCACAGAAGGAGAGAGAUGCAAUUAUGAAAGAGUUCAAGAAUGGCGAUACCAGAGUCCUGAUCACUACCGAUGUUUGGGCCCGCGGGCUUGAUGUUCAACAGGUUUCUUUGGUAAUUAAUUAUGAUCUUCCAAACAAUCGAGAGCUUUACAUCCACAGGAUUGGUCGUUCAGGUCGUUUUGGACGCAAGGGUGUUGCGAUAAAUUUUGUCAAAAGUGACGAUAUCAAGAUUUUAAGAGAUAUAGAGCAAUACUAUAGUACCCAGAUCGAUGAAAUGCCGAUGAAUGUUGCUGAUCUGAUCUAAACACUUCCUGAGUUGGAUUGUAUUGCCAUCGAGAUGGCGUUUGAAGUUUGUUUAUUUGGCAUUAUCGUGCUCCAUAUCGAGAAUGAUUUGUAUAAUAGUGAUUGGUGGAUUGGCUUGUUGUGUCUGAGUUUUGCGUGACAAGAAACAAGGUAGAGUAGCAUUAACUCCUUUUUGUGGUCGAUUUUUUUUAUCCUUGUUUUUACUCAAGACGGAUUCUAUAAUUUGAUGAAAGUAAAGUUAUUUUCCA